UACAAAUAUAAAAAUCUCAUAAAGAAAAAGAUACAAAUAUAAAAUGCUUUUAGGCUGAACAUAAACUUCACAUAAAGAAAGACAUUUUCUUAUUUCUUGUUUGUCUGCCAAGAUAUUGUAACAAUGAAUGUAGAAGAGGAGGUUGAAAAGCUCAGGGAAGAAAUCCAGAGGCUUGGAAAGGUUCAACCAGAUGGUUCUUACAAGGUUACAUUUGGAACAAUCUUUCACGAUGAUCGGUGUGCAAAUAUAUUUGAAGCACUUGUUGGUACACUAAGAGCAGCUAAAAAGCGUAAAGUAGUUGCAUACGACGGUGAGUUACUGUUGCAAGGAGUCCAUGAUGAUGUAGAAAUCACUCUUAAUCCUGCCCCUGCUGCUGUCAACUGAUACAAUUGUGAAGGGUCAUUGAUCAUCCUUUGCUGUUUAAAUUGCUAACUUGUUUGUUUGGCUGGUGUGAUACUAUUUCGUGUGAUUGUGUAAUAUAUGCAUGUGUGGAUAAGGCUUAUACAAAAAACAUGCUUGUGGAGAGAACUAAGACAUGUAUGAUAAAUUCAUUACCGUUUAGUUUGUGAAUCAAAUGUAAAACCAACAUAUUUUGAGUGGCAACUUUUCAUGCAACUAUUUAUAUCUAUAUAUUAUUAUUACCUUUA